AGCCUUUUUUAUUUUUAGUUUGUCUACUGUCUUCGUUGAACUCCAAAGCAUGAACUUGAACCGCAAACCCUAGAAAAUCAGUCCAAGUAAGAACCGAUUAUUCCACCUUAAACCCGCCGUUAACUUCCACCAAACGCCUCCGUUUCAACCACCACUUCUCCCCCUCAUUUGAUUCAAUCCCCGAUUUCUCACUUCCCCUCUUUUUUGUUCGAAUUCAAAAACCCUAAUUUUUGAAUCAUCGAUUUCUCGAUCGGAUAAGAAGAAAUGUCGUCUCUCAGCAGGGAAUUAGUGUUUUUGAUUCUUCAAUUCCUCGAAGAAGAAAAAUUCAAGGAGAGCGUUCAUAGGUUAGAGCAGGAGUCAGGCUUCUUCUUCAACAUGAAAUACUUCGAAGAGAAAGCUCUCGCCGGAGAAUGGGACGAAGUUGAGAAAUACCUCUCCGGGUUCACUAAAGUUGACGAUAAUCGAUAUUCAAUGAAGAUUUUUUUUGAGAUCAGAAAACAGAAGUAUCUAGAAGCUUUGGACCGCCAUGAUAGAGCUAAAGCUGUUGAGAUUUUGGUGAAAGAUUUGAAGGUUUUCUCGACAUUUAAUGAAGAACUUUAUAAGGAAAUUACGCUGCUUUUAACUAUGGAAAACUUUAGGCAAAACGAGCAGUUAUCAAAGUAUGGUGAUACUAAAUCGGCUCGGAGCAUAAUGCUGGUCGAGCUUAAGAAACUAAUAGAAGCGAAUCCUUUGUUCCGUGAAAAGCUUGUUUUCCCAACAUUGAAAGCUUCUCGAUUGCGAACUUUGAUAAAUCAAAGUUUGAAUUGGCAACACCAGCUGUGUAAGAACCCUAGGUCCAAUCCUGAUAUCAAAACCUUAUUCACUGAUCAUAGUUGUUCACCUCCAAAUGGGGCCCGUGCACCUACUCCAGUAACUCUUCCAGUUGCAGCAGUUGCUAAGCCUUCCACUUAUGCUCCACUGGGAGCGCAUGGUGGGCCUUUUCCUCCAGCAGCAGCAGCAGCAGCUGCAAAUGCUAAUGCUUUAGCUGGCUGGAUGGCAAAUGCCAAUCAUUCUUCACCAGUCCAACCUGCUGUCAUUGCUGCUUCUGCUUCAUCACUGCCUGUUCCUCAAAAUCAAGCUUCAGUUUUGAAACAUCCGAGAACACCGGAUGCACUUGGAAUGACCGAAUAUGGAAGCUCUGAACACGAGCGACUAAUGAAACGGUUGCGGUCUGGGCAAUCUGUUGAUGAGGUUACGUAUCCUGCUCCUUCUCAACAAGCUUCAUGGUCACUUGAUGACCUACCCAGACUCGUUGCUUGUACCAUUCACCAGGGAUCCAAUGUGACAAGCAUGGAUUUCCAUCCUUCUCAUCAUACAUUACUUACUGUUGGUUGUAGCAAUGGUGAAAUUUCAUUAUGGGAAGUUGGCACACGAGAGAAGUUGGUGUCAAAACCAUUCAAGAUAUGGGAUCUGGCUGCUUGUUCUGUUAUAUUUCAGGCUAGUAUUGUCAAAGAUUCAUCCAUGUCUGUCAGCCGUGUUGCUUGGAGCCCAGAUGGAAAUUUGAUCGGUGUUGCAUUCACGAAACACCUUGUACAUUUGCAUGCGUAUCAAGGGUCGCAUGAUCUACGGCAACAUCUAGAGAUUGAUGCCCAUGUGGGUGGUGUAAACGACUUAGCUUUCUCUCAUCCAAACAAAAAGCUCUGUGUUGUCACUUGUGGAGAUGAUAAGUUAAUAAAGGUGUGGGAUUUGGCUGGAACUGAGCUUUUUAACUUUGACGGUCAUGAGGCACCUGUUUAUUCUGUUUGCCCUCACCAGAAAGAAAAUAUUCAGUUUAUAUUCUCAACUGCUGUAGAUGGAAAAAUCAAGGCUUGGUUGUAUGACAAUAUGGGUUCUAGGGUUGACUAUGAUGCUCCUGGACAGUGGUGUACCACGAUGCUCUACAGUGCUGAUGGUAAUAGACUAUUCUCUUGUGGCACAAGUAAGGAUGGGGAUUCAUUCUUGGUUGAAUGGAAUGAAAGUGAAGGGAAAAUAAAGAGGAAAUAUUCUGGUUUUAGAAAGAAUGCUAAUGGUGUGGUACAGUUUGACACCACAAGGAAUCGCUUUUUGGCCGUUGGUGAUGAUAGCCAGAUUAAGUUUUGGCAUAUGGAUAAUACAAAUAUUCUCACCAGCACUGAAGCUGAAGGAGGGCUACCGAGUAUUCCCCGAUUGAGAUUCAACAAGGAAGGAAAUUUGCUUGUUGCUACUACAGCAGACAAUGGAUUCAAGGUUCUUGCAAAUUCCAAUGGUCUUAGGGCAUUAAGGUUAAUGGAGGCUCGAUCUUAUGAAGCAUCUAGAACACCACUUGAGAUGAAGGUAUCUAGUUCCGCCAUGGGUACAGGUCUCAGUCCAGUUGUUAGCAAAGUAGAACGUGUAGACAGCCCUGCCAGACCUACUCCUAGUCUUAAUGGAGUUGAACUGAUAACUAGAGGCAUCGAAAAGCCAAGGAAUUUGGAACAUGUGCCUGAUAAAACCAAGCCCUGGGAACUAACUGAGAUUGUUGACCCCACACAUUGUCGAACUGUCACCAUGCCAGACAACUUGGAAUCUGCAAGCAAGGUUGCUAGACUUCUUUACACAAAUUCUGGUGUUGGGGUUCUUGCUCUUGGAACAAAUGGGGUCCAAAAGCUAUGGAAAUGGAGUCGCAGUGAACAAAAUCCUACUGCCAAGGCUACUGCUAGUAUUGCUCCACAACUUUGGCAACCUAACAGUGGACUUCUUAUGACUAAUGAUGUCCCCGAAAAUUCUGAAGAUGCAGUUCCAUGCGUAGCACUGUCAAAGAAUGACUCCUACGUAAUGUCUGCAUGUGGUGGAAAGGUCUCACUGUUUAAUAUGAUGACAUUCAGGGUAAUGACAACUUUUAUGGCACCUCCUCCAGCUUCAACAUUCUUGGCAUUUCAUCCACAAGAUAAUAAUAUCAUAGCAAUCGGAAUGGAUGACUCCGCCAUCCAUAUUUACAAUGUCAGGGUGGAUGAGGUCAAAACAAAAUUAAAGGGUCACCUAAAACGCAUCAGCGGUUUAGCAUUUUCCACCAGCCUUAACAUCCUGGUUUCUUCUGGUGCUGAUGCUCAGCUUUUCUUUUGGAACACUGAUAACUGGGAAAAGAUAAAAUCAGUUACACUUCCACUGCCUGCUGGAAAGGCUCCUCAGGGUGAUACUCGAGUUCAAUUUCACUCUGACCAAGUUCGGUUGUUAGUGUGCCAUGAAACACAACUUGCAAUAUAUGAUGCUAGCAAGAUGGAAUGCAUUCGACAGUGGAUGCCACAAGAAGUACUUUCUUCAUCUAUAUCGUGUGCAGUGUAUUCCUGCAAUAGCCAGCUAGUAUUUGCUACUUUUACUGAUGGUAACAUUGGAGUAUUUGAUGCUGAUAAUUUAAGUCUCAGAUGUCGUAUUGCACCAUCUGCGUAUAUCCCUCCUGCAUCAUCGAACAGCCAAACCGUGCACCCACUCAUAGUCGCGGCACACCCGCAGGAAGCCAAUCAGAUAGCUAUAGGAUUGACGAAUGGUGCUGUUAAAGUUAUAGAACCCUUGGAAGCGGAGAGGAAGUGGGGACUGCAUGUACCUGUCGAUAAUGGAACGGAGAAUGGAAGGACAGCAACAUCAUCUACCACUAACACUUCGGAACAGGUACAGCGAUGAACUUUGGACACUUGAUUUGUAAGGCAUCGAUGUAUAAUUUGUAGUUGGUUGUCCAUUUUCUGUCUAAUUAUAUGUGUUUGAACAACAUAGG